AUGUCACCGCCUGGUAAUGGAGAUAACCAAGACCCAAAGCGAGAGCGCAGCAGAGUCGCACAGCGCGAAUAUCGCAAGCGCCAUGCCUCAAAGUUUAGCACUCUUAAAGAUGAGAAUCAGAGAUUGAGAAAUGCUCUCAAGAGAAUAGAAAAAGUCGCCCAGAAGCGCGGCGGUAAAGACCAAGAACUCGAAAAUGCCCUCGCAGAGGCUAGAGAGACAGUUGGAUCUGACGAUAGUAGCGAGAGCACUGCUUUGACGACUUCCUCCAGCUCAUCUGCAGUAGAUCCAAUCACCACUGAAAAGCUCUCGUAUAUGUCGAGGUUACUGUCUUCUGACAUCCACCUGCAUACACAAGCACUUGGAGAAGCCACCACACCCAGACUGAGUUUGGAGCAGCAAGUGUGGACCAACACAGAUCGCUUGGUUCGCAUCUUUGAGGCUCCUUCAGAUGCGGGCAAAUAUCUCGGCGAUGGUCUUUACACUUUUGCAGGGACCUUAUACUGGGCCUGUACACGAAACACAGUUUCACUAUGGGAGACGUACAAGCUCAACCUGCUUGGAAAGCCUGGACCGCCCGACUUGAACCCUAUGGACCGGUUAUUCAACCACUCCAAGCAUCUCAACGAUCGAAGAUUCAUGCUAUCUCUCGCAUUGGCUCGGCUGGAGUAUAAGCAUAAAGGCUUCAUCGAUUCGCCCCACUCUGGGAGUGAACUGAUGUGGAAAUCAGUGCUCCCCAACCUCCGCAAAAAAAUGGAACAAGAACUUGUGGACAAAGGUCAAGGCCCAGAAUGGUGGAAGACUCCUGUCGAGGUUGAGAGCCACUUGAGGAAAUAUCUCGAGCCAUCCGAAGCUGAUGAGCUACAGGCUCUCGUGGAGGGCCGUGGGACCGAAGCUGUGUUGAAGAAGUUCAAGCCUUUGGUUGAAAUGAUGAUUGAUGAAUUUGUUUGCUUUCCGGAUGGUCCGCGAUGGAAUCUGUUGUAUGUUGCCAUGGCUGUUGGGAGUUGGCGAAGCGAUCACCCCAGACCUUCUGAGUUGAGGGUUGAAGAUUUGGGAGCGAGGUUUGGAUUUUAG